AUGGCUGGUUCAGAAUCAGUUGAACAAACCAAACAACAAGAAACACCCAAAGAAGAUCCAAAAAAACCAAUUGAAAUUAAAGAAGAAGAUUUAUCGGAAGAAGAUAAACAGUUGAAAGAAGAACUUGAAUUGUGCGUCGAACGUUUGAAAGAGAAUGACAAGAACUUGUAUCGACCCGCUUUGGAAACACUCCGACAAAAGAUUCGCGAAUCAACUAGUUCAAUGACAAGUGUACCGAAACCAUUGAAGUUCAUGAGACCAUUCUACAACGAUAUGAUCGCUAUUUACGAAAAAAUCCAAGAUGUUCAAAACAAAACAUUAUGUGCUGAUAUUGUUUCAGUUCUUGCUAUGACUACAAUCGAUACAAAGGAAGUUUUGAAAUAUCGUUUAUUAGGUUCAAGUCAAGAUAUUGGCAUGUGGGGUCAUGAAUAUAUCAGACAUUUAUCGGCUGAUGUCGCUUCCGAGUGGGAAUCGACGGAAAAUAAUGCCGAACUUCGUCAACGUCUUCUCUCGUUAACUAAUGAAAUUAUUCCAUUUCUGAUGCGACAUAAUGCUGAAGCUGAUGCAUGUGAUUUAUUAAUGGAAAUAGAACAAUUAGAUCUAAUCGAAACAUUUGUUGAUAAAGACACUUUUCCACGUGUUUGUCUUUAUUUAACCAGUUGUGUACCAUAUGUACCUGAACCAGAUGACACAAAAUUAUUACGUACAGCAUGUAAACUUUAUCGUCAUUAUGAUCAAUAUCCAUUAGCAUUACGUUGUGCAAUACAAUUGAAUGACAUGGAUCUUAUACGUGAUUUAGUUAAUACAUGUCCAACUAGUUUAAUUAAAAAACAAUUGGCAUUUCUCUUAGGCCGACAGCAAAUCAUUUGGAAUGUUGCUGAAGUUAACGGUGAAGAUCCGGAUGAACUGACGAACAUUAUGUCAAAUUCACAUUUAACAACAAACUUUUUGUCAUUAGCUCGUGAAUUGGAUAUUAUGGAGGCGAAAUUACCCGAAGAUAUCUAUAAAACAUACCUAGAUAAUACCAAUCGUUCGAAUUACAAUCAACCGGAUUCAAGUAAACAAAAUCUAGCAUCAGCUUUUGUCAAUGGAUUCGUCAAUGCUGCAUUUGGACAAGAUAAAAUCGUCACGCAAGACACAAAAUGGUUGGCCAAAUAUAAAGACAAUGGCCUUUUAAGUGCAACCGCAUCACUCGGUCUUAUUGUACUUUGGGAUGUCGACGGUGGUCUCAGUUUAAUCGAUAAAUACCUUUAUAGUGUUGAUGACAACAUGAAAGCUGGAGCACUUCUAGCCUGUGGUAUCGUAAACUGUGGUGUCCAAAACGAUUGUGAUCCAGCAUUAGCUCUUCUUGGUGAUUAUGUAUCACAUAAAGAUGCACCAUUCCGCGUCGGUUCAAUCGUUGGUUUGGGUCUUGCGUACGCAGGUACAAAUCGGGAUGAUGUCAUUGAAAUGAUCAGCAAUGCAUUACGUGAAGGCAAUCCAUCUAUGGAAAUUAUUUCUCUCGCAUGUCUUUCAAUUGGUAUCAUUGCUGUCGGUUCAUGCAAUGCUGAUGUUUCAACGACAUUGUUAAGCGUUCUCCUUGAACGAAGUGAAAUUGAACUCAAAGAACACUUCGCUAAAUUCAUCGCCCUUGCUAUCGGCCUUCUUUUUCUUAGCAAAGGUGAAGCAGUUGAACCCAUGCUUGAAUCUCUGAAAGUAAUCAGCGAACCAUUACGUUCAUUUGCUACUGUACUUGUCGAAUGUUGUGCAUACGCUGGAACCGGAAACGUAUUGAAAAUUCAACAUAUGUUACAUAUCUGUAGCGAACAUUUCGAUAACAAAGACGAGAAGAAAGAAGGUGAAAAAGAAUCAUCGAAAGAUAAAGACAAGGAUAAAAAGAAAGAUGAUGAAGCUGCAUCUCAAAACGCUGCCCAUCAAGCUGCCGCCGUACUUGGUAUUGCAAUGAUCGCCAUGGGCGAAGAAAUUGGUUCUGAAAUGGCAUUACGUACAUUUGGACAUUUAUUACGCUAUGGUGAACCAGUUAUCAAACGAGCUGUUCCACUUGCUCUUGCUCUCUUGUCUGUAUCAAAUCCCAAAUUGAACAUCAUUGAUACAUUGAGCAAAUUCUCUCAUGAUGCUGACCAUGAAGUUUCAUACAACUCGAUCUUUGCGAUGGGUAUCGUUGGUGCUGGUACGAAUAAUGCUCGUUUAGCUGCCAUGCUUCGACAAUUAGCUAUUUAUCAUGGAAAAGACAUGAACAACUUGUUCAUGGUUCGUCUUGCACAAGGUCUUACACAUCUUGGCAAAGGUACCAUGACAUUGAAUCCAUAUCACAGUGACCGUAUGCUUCUCUGUCGUGUGGCAUUGGCUGGUUUACUUACUGUCUUAGUUUCACUUUUCGACGUUAAACAAACAAUUAUCGGUAAAUAUCACUAUUUACUAUAUUUCCUUGCAUUGGCUAUUCAACCACGUAUGCUUGUAACAUUCGAUGAAUCACUUCGACCAUUACCCGUUCCUGUUCGUGUUGGUCAAGCAGUGGAUGUUGUCGGUCAAGCUGGUAAACCAAAAACCAUCACUGGCUUUCAAACACAUACAACACCUGUCUUGUUGGCAUAUGGCGAACGUGCGGAAUUAGCAACUGAAGAAUACGUUACGUUAACACCAGUCUUAGAAGGCUUUGUUAUCUUACAAAAAAAUCCUAAUUAUGUACCAUGA